ACAUGGGAAAACAACAAUUGAACUUGAUAAGCUUCAUUGAUAAGCCGCUUUGUUCGUCUCAAAACAGUAAUGGAAGCUGAACUUAAAACGCUGCUCUCCCGAAACGCCGUUCCGAUUGUGGAUCUGGAGAACUGCGUUGAUGGCGUGGCUGAUGCCGUGGCCCAAAAGCUAAGGAAGGCUCUGUCAGAGCAGGGCUAUGCUUUGCUCAUAAACCACGGAAUUUCGAAUAAAAAGAUCAAGACUGCCUGGGACUAUUUCGAUGGAUUUGUGGACUUGCCAGAUGAGGUUAAGGCAACCUACGAACGCACCAAGGCUCCGGAUGGGGAAAACCACGGUUAUGUGAGUCCCGGAAUGGAGCGAUUCGAUGGAAGGACCCCGGAACUGCGGCAUGCGUACAAUAUCUGCAAGCUGGGUCGGGAUUUUUUACCAGAAAAGCAAUUCCCAGGAUUUACGGAGCAUAUUAACUCCCUGACCGAUGACUUCAAUGCCCUCGGUAGGUUUAUCCUUCAGGUUCUGGCCCUGUCCCUAGGUGCUCCGGAGUCAUUCUUCAUCGACAAGCACUCGUACAUGUUGUCCGACGAUCGCUUUAAUCUGACCACCCUGCGGAUGCUCUACUACCCGCCGGUGGAGGACAUAAGUUCUAAAGACAUUGUUCGCUGUGGAGCCCACGCCGAUUACUGCACCUUCACCCUUCUCUCCCAGGAUUCGGAGGGAGGGUUGGAGGUGAAGCUGCGUGGCAGCGAUCAGUGGGAGAGGGUUGGUCAUCUGCCGGGAGCACUUUUUAUCAAUUGUGGCGAAACCAUGGCCUCGUGGACUAAUCAGCUCUAUCAUGCUUUGCAACAUCGAGUGGUGGUUCCUGAGCAGAAGGACACUCGCCAUCGGGGCCGUCACUCCAUGGCCUAUUUUUGUCAUCCCGAUAGCUCAACGCUGAUUGAUUCGAGAGACUUACAUAUUGAUUCGAAAAAUGAAGUAAUAUAUAAUGCAUAUGAUAUAACUAUGGCUUUGGCGAAAGGAGCUUAUGGCCAUAAUUACUCUUAGAGUUCAACUCAAGUUUAUAAUAUAAUAAUACAUCCUUACCCCAGUAGAUUUUUCUCGAUAUAUAAUAUAAGCUUAUUUUAGUUUAAACUAUGCUGUAAAUUGAUCUGCCUUUUUAUAUUUACUUAUUACUUACAUGUAUUUUAAAAACCCCAAAAGUAUAUAGCAUUAAACAUUUACGACAUUCAUGACAAGAUAA